AGAUCACAAAGGCUACGCCAUCAUGAGCUCAUCUCUGAUAACAAGCUGACUGGGCAUCAGCACUGAAGCAGAUUCUGGUGUUGCUAAAAAGAGAGCCAUGGAAGACUAUGAAUACGAUCCCGAUGUUUGGAAAUCAUUAGAGAACAUCAGCAAGGAGGAGCAUGAGAAUUUCCUGAAAUUCAGCAAGAUUUUCCUGCCCAUCACAUAUUUGCUGGUGUUUUCCUGUGGCUUGGUGGGGAACUGUCUGGUGCUGGCGGUCUAUAUUUUUUGCCAGAAGGCAAAGAGUCUGACUGACCAAUUUCUUCUGAACUUGCCCAUAGCUGACUUGCUGUUUAUCUGUACUCUGCCAUUCUGGGUUUAUGCCACCAUUCAUGAGUGGGUCUUUGGGGAAGUCAUGUGCAAGAUUGUCCUGGGGAUGUACACCUUAAAUUUCUACACAUCCAUGUUGUUCCUCACCUGUAUCACCAUUGACCGCUUUAUUGCAGUAGCUCAGGCCACCAAGACCCACAUCUAUCAAGCCAAAAGGAUGACUAUGGGAAAGAUUAUCUAUGUCACCAUUUGGGUGUUCUCUCUGUUGGUUGCCAUCCCACAGUUCAAGUAUGCCAAGGUUUCUCAAAAUAACAAACAAGUUUGUCAUACUGACGAAGAAAUUUCUACUGUGGUCCUCGCCACCCAAAUGACAAUUGGGUUCUUCCUGCCUCUAACAGCCAUGAUCAUCUGCUACUCAGUCAUUGUCAAGACCUUGAUACAUGCCAAAGGGUUCCAGAAGCACAAGUCUCUAAAGAUUAUAUUUUUAGUUGUGGCAGUGUUCAUCAUAACCCAACUGCCUUUCAAUCUCAUUAAACUUAUCCGCACCACAAACUGGGAGUAUGACAUAGACCCCCGUUUCUACUAUGCUUUUGUGAUCACAGAGGCCAUUGCUUAUCUGCGGGCCUGUCUCAACCCUGUGCUAUAUGCCUUUGUUGGGGUGAAAUUCAGAAAGAACUUUUGGAAACUUAUGAAGACCUUCAAGUGCCCCUAUGCUGCAGGGAAAAUAAGCCAGUAUCAGUCUAGCGAUGACACCUCUAAAAGUUUUAUUGCUUCCAACAAUGCUCAGGCCACCAGCAUGUACCAGCUGUAACACAUGCCCACCAUUCAGACAAGUCAACAAGCAUCUAUUAAGUGCCUACUCUGCAUGUGCCAGACACCAUGCUGAAUGCAAUUCAGUGAACUAUUUUGGAAGUUUAUAAGACAAUGACUAUAUCUUGAGUGGGAUUCCUGCUUGUAAACUCUGGAUUAUCACCAAGAAGUGGGUAAGUACCAUUUUGCUGGGUAUCAAGGAAACUUCUCUCUUUUU